GACCAAUCAAUCAGUCACCAAUACCACAUCAUGACUGAGGGUGGAAAAGGUUUCAGUUUCCGAAGAAAAUUCUUAUUCAAAAUACAAGAAAAAGUUGGCAACAUUGAAGAAACGCAAAUGACACCGGAAUUCAACCAAGAUAUGCAAAAAUACGAUUCAUAUCAUGAAUCUGUGCAAAAACUUGUUGAUCUCUUAGAAGCUGUCAAUCAACCAGAUCCGAACGUUCUAGCAACAGGGAAAGUUGAGUGUGCUCCCGAUGAGGAUCCUCUAGAUAAGAUGAAGAAGGCUCUCGAAUCAUUUCAGGAAUUUCUCUCCCAAGAUAAAAUAGGGCCAAUUGCGAAAAUCUGCACGAUACUAGAAAAUGCUGCAAAAUGCAAACGCGAGUAUCAGGUUAAAAAACGUGCCUGUAUUAGACAUCUGCGUCGUUUCGACACGUUGGAGUACAAAAAUCUGGCCGAGAAUCGAAAUAAUUUCAAUCAGGCAAAAUCAGCUAUGGAUUUGGCCAAACAUGAUGUGAAACAGGCAAAAACUACAGAGCAGAUUGAGAAAAGAGCUGUACUGUAUCAACAACAAGUGGAAUACUUUGAUGAGCAGUGCAAUAAGGUGAUCAAGUUGCUAGAAGAAUUGCCGAACAUUAAAGCUACUCAUUCUAAGGAUCUUACGGAGUUGACACGUUGUACUCGUGAUUACCACCUCGCAAUGCAUUCCUUAUUCAAAUAA